AUGGAUGAUGCAACCGAAGACCUCCGCCUCGAUGAGUUAGGCUCACUUGAGGCCAUUUUCCCCGAGCUCCAGAGGACGGACGAGCCUGGCGGUCUCGCCUUUACUCUAGAGGUUCCGGUCAAGCCCGCGAGUCCCGUCACCGUCGUCUUUCCUGCCACAGCCUCCGCCAACACGGCUCCCAUAGAAACCUUGGCCACCGGUGUAUCCAUGGCAGCGACAACGCCAGCACCUGGCCCAUUUAAUGCCCCUCCGCCAAAUCAUGUCGCAUCCCACGAACUUUCCUACCUCCCUGCGGUCUCGAUCCGCAUGAUCUUGCCUGAAGGGUAUCCAAGUGAAAACCCGCCCCGAGUUACCCUGACGACGUCGCCGUCUUGGCUUAGGGCCGAUGCUAUCCAAUCCUUGGAGAGAGACGCCGAACGACUCUGGGAUGAGAUGGGCCGGGAUAUGAUUGCCUUUACUUACAUAGACCAUCUGCAGCAAGCUGCGGACAACGUCUUUGGAAUGGUGAACGCGUCUGGAAACCUUGAGAUAGAUUUAGUCCACAUGCUCUCUAUCCUUGAUUACGACGUCCAGGCUCGGCGGGCGGCAUUCGAGAAUGAAUCUUUUGACUGUGGAAUCUGCCUAGAGCUUGAGUCAGAUAAGACUACGGUCUACUGCCCACGGAAAUGGUGCAACGGAGCCGCCAUUUCGAAAAGACACAAGAAGCCCCGCGGCUUGGAACUUGAUGAUGCAGACGAUAACGAGGAUGCAAGCAACGAGGCCAGGCAGGCUGGGGAGGCUCGGGACACGGGAAAUGUGGCAAGAGGAUUCAGGACGGAAGAUCUUCUUUGCAUCUGCGCGGAUUGCGGUUUUGCCUUCUGCUCCCGCUGCUAUCAGUCCUGGCAUGGGGAGUUCUUUCGCUGCCGUGCCAAGUGUAAUGGCGACGAGCUGUCAGAGGAGGAGAAGGCGUCUCUCGAAUAUAUCCAAAAGUGGACGCGGCCGUGCGCGUCUUGCGAUGCCCCCGCGCAAAAGACGGAGGGCUGCAACCACAUGAUUUGCUUUCGGUGCAAUACACACUUUUGCUACCUUUGCUCCUCUUGGCUCGACCCGCAGAACCCGUACAGCCACUUUAACAACCCAGGAUACAGGGAUUGCUAUCAGCGGCUUUGGGAUUACCAAACGGGCCAUGGCGAGAACAACGACUUUCACGCGCACAUUCGCGAGCGCAGGGAGGCGGUUCAUCACCGAGAGAGACCCAACGAACCCCCAUUUCAGAUUAUACUCGCUCAACCGGAGAUUGAGGAGCCCGAGGAUGACGUUGAGAAUGUUCCGGCGGCCGAUGGCCCUGUGCGGCGCAUGGCGGAUGGCGAGGUCGAGUUAGACUGGGAUCUCUGGGCAAUGGGCCCCAGGCCUCAAGCGGCGCCAGAGGUACAAGUCGCCCGCGAGGGUCCACUCGUGCUGCGCAUUGACCGAGGCCCCGACCGGCCAGCGGUUCCCCUCCAGUGCCGGUACCGCCAGCUCCGGCGCAUGCCGAUGGCCAGCGGGGAGGCGGUCGCCGCGGCCACCAUCGAGGAGGCCGAAGGGCUGGUGGAGGUCGAGGAGGUCACAGCCGGCCAGAGGAGGAGGCGGUCCAGCGCGAAACCAGAACCGGAACGGCCGCCAGCACCCGAGGGAAGACCAGGCCAGCCCCGGCAGCAAGGCCAGCCUCAACCUCGGCGCGCUGGCCAGCAGCAGCAGCAGCAGUGGCAUCAAGGCCAGGGAAACGCUGAGGGGCUACCCGCGCUAAGACUAGAGGUUGUAGAGCAUGAUGACGACGAAGAGCCUGAUGAACUAAACGAGGAGCAACUUCGAUGGGUUAGGCGAUUCGUGGAACUAGCUCUCAUCGACGAGGAGGAGUCUGGCUCAGAAGACGAGAGAGCACCCUUCUGA